CGAGUGGUCCAUCUUGGUUGCCUCUCUACCAUUCCCAUCAAUCAUGUCGUUCCUCUCAGCCGCAGAAUGCGGUGCCUCCUCGAAUCCGCUCAAUCAGCUGCUGAAGCAAACGCAGAAUGACCGCUCGCUCCAGCAUGGCGAUCGUAUGCAGCAGCAGCAGGGCGGCCCACAGGCCAAUGCCUUUCGGCAGGCCCAAGGUGGACUAGGCGGCGAGCAGAUGGAUGCCAACUUCAUGCGCCACCAAGCCCAACAGCUCGGCGGCGGUGGUGGUGCGGGUCCUGCAUUCGACUUUCAAACGAUGCGCAAGGAGAUGGAGAUGAUGCGUGCCAGCGGAGCACCGCCACCUAGCAGUGCUGCGUGGGCUAAUGAGAUGAGCGCUAGAGCUUCACCCGGGCCUGCAGGAAUGCAGCAUCAUGCUCCCCCUCAAAUGUCGGGAGGGUCGGCAUGGGGCAAUCAAUUCCAGCAACAGCACCAGCAGCAGCCCAUCAGUUCCCCCUCGAUGGCUCAGCAGCAGCAGCAGCAGCAACAGGGUCCCGCCUCCUCCGGCUCCUCGUACAUGAAUCGCCUCGCCUAUGGCGGUUACGGUGGCGGCAUGAUGAGCAGCUACGGCGGUGGCGGCGGUAUGAUGAUGAACAACGCUCCCGCUUCUCAACAGCAAGACAAGGGCAAAUCGCGCAUCGUAGAGCUGGACAAUGCCUCAUGGGAAGCCCAAUUCAAGGCCCUGGACGACGCUCAAGCUGCCGCUGAGGCAGAUGCUGCUCAGGCCAGCGCGGUAGACAAGGGCAAGGGCAAAGCCCGUGAAGAGGCUCACCUCGAGUCAGAGGAAGACCAGGACGCAGCAGUACGCCGAGCACUGGAUGGGAUAAGCGACGACAUUACAGCAGAGGGGCGUGCAGCAGACGACCGUUUCCAGGAGCUCUGGAAUGCCAUGAAGCACAGCACUGCGGGAGAUCAAGCCGAAGUGGAUGAGGACCUCGCCAAGUGGGAAGAGGAGCUCAACGCCCAAAACGAGGGGGUCGGAUAUCGUCACCCUGGCGGCGGGAUUGCGGGUGGGGAUGGUGGGCUACUGGAGACGGCAGGUUGGGAUGGAAGUGAAGACAAGCUGCUCGAGGGCUUCGGCACGCUAGGAGCGGAUGGGUACCCUCGCCUGGGCAACUACAGGCUCAGCAACCAGAACCCUUAUAUGCAGCACGCCGACCCACUCGCGGAGGGGUUGCGCCUUCUCUCCGAGGGCGGCUCACUCAGCGACGCCACCAUGGCAUUUGAAGCCGCGACGGUCAAGCCGCAAUCUGGAGGCACGGGCGGUGAAGCCAACGAGGUGGACAGGGAGCGUCGUGCCCGCUCUGAGGCUUGGCGGCGCUUGGGCGAGGCACAGGCAAUGAAUGAGCGCGAGACGCAGGCUGUCCGUGCGCUUGAGGAGGCGAUUCGGGUAGACGAGGGAAAUUUGGAGGCUUACAUGGCUCUCGCGAUCAGCUACAUCAACGAAGGGUACGACGUUGCGGCUCACUCGACGCUGCAGCGCUACAUUGCCCGCGCUUACCCUCACCUCAAGAGCGAUGCUUCCACUCUCCCGGACUUGCGCGCUGUGGAGCCCGAACAAGCUCCUGGUGGCCAACAAAACCCUUGGGCUACCCUCAACUCCGUCACCAACUCCUUCCUCGCCGCCGCACGCGAAAAUGCCUCUCGUUCCCUCGUGGACGCCGAGGUUCAAGUCGGGCUCGGUGUCCUCUUCUACGCCGACUCGUCCUACGAGAAGGCAGAAGACUGUUUCCGCUCAGCGCUCGAAGUUCGACCUAACGACUUUCUGCUUUGGAAUCGUCUGGGAGCCACGUUAGCCAAUGGCGGAAAGCCGGAGAUGGCCAUCGAGGCCUACCACAAGGCUCUCGAGUUGCGCCCGACGUUCACUCGCGCCAUCUAUAAUCUGAGCGUUUCAUGCCUCAACCUCGGUGCUCAUCAUGAGGCUGCUGAGCACUUGCUCUCCGCUCUCGCUCUCCAGCAGACGCAGAGGUUGCCAGACGCUCCGCAGGGCGCUUCGGCUGGAGGAGGAGGUGGAGGGCCUCCUCCCCUCGCUGAGGCGCAGGAGUCGCACGGAUUGUGGAGUACGUUGCGCAGGAUCUUCUUGGCUAUGGAUCGCAUGGAUUUGGCGGGCAAGGCGCAUGUGGGGAGUAGCUUGGAGGGGUUCAGAGGCGAGUUCGAUUUCUGAGCCAGCGAGGGGAGGCGGCGGGAUGAGGUAGGGCCGUAGAUGCGGCGUGAGAGGGAGCCCGAACCACGAGAAUGGGCACAAUGGCUUCGCAUAUCGAUCAUUCUGGUCUUCCUCGCAAACAGCGAGAUACACAAUUUACAUCGUUUUCGCGCCUUUCUCACAAAUAGAGCGCCAUUCAAGCCUCGUAAUGCGGGGGCAGCUCCUCGUCCGCCUCCUGGCCGUCCCCUUGCUGAUGAGGAUGCUGCGCAUGGGUCGUCCCGAUCGCCCCACCCUGUUGCGCCUCGACCUGCUCGUAGCUC